UUGUAUUUCAAGAAUCAAGUAGUCGAAGUAAUUAUUUGUUUUUUCAUCAAAUCAUAGUUAUGGUAGUCAAAAUAAACAAUUAUAAAAAUUUCCAAAAGCUAGUACAAAAUAAACAGUGCUAGAAAUAUUUUUCCACUAAAAAAGUGAGAUUAUAAAUACAAAAUAAUUAAUAAUGUCGUUGACACCAUUAAUUUUGAAUGAAUUAUUAAACGAUGACGUAUGGAGUCGACCAUCACGAUUGUUGGGCCAACAUUUUGGGCUAGGUCUAAGCGCCGAUGAUUUAUUAGAACCAUUAGCAACGAUACCAUUACGACGUUACUAUCGUCCAUGGCGUUCCGCAAUUGGAAAAUCAGAUCUUGGAUCAACUGUUGUUGCCGACAAAAAUAAGUAUUGUGUAUCUUUAGAUGUUCAACAAUUUGCUCCAAAUGAAAUUACAGUAAAAGUAAUUGAUGACAGUAUUGUGGUAGAAGGGAAACAUGAAGAAAAAAGAGAUGAACAUGGUUUUAUAUCUAGACAAUUUACUCGUCGUUAUGUUUUACCUGCUGGGCAUGACAUUGAUAAUGUAACAUCAAGUUUAUCGUCGGAUGGUAUAUUAACAAUUUUUGCACCUAAGUUUGCUGCUGGCGAAAAUCCAACUGAACGUAUUAUACCAAUCACUCAAACUGGACCUGUGAAAAAAUCUGAGACAACCGAAAAACAAGAACAAACAGCUGAGAACAAAUAAAAACAUUUUAUCAAGUAAAAAUAUACUAAAUAUUUUACAAAAAUGUAACCACCAUUGGCCAUUGUAUUUUACAUUGAGGGGUGCCUAUAUUGAUUUAAUUUUAAUAACUAUCAGAAAAAUCAU